AUGGACAACACGCCAGACACCCUCAGUAUCAGCGAAGAGGCAGCCGGCCUGCCCCCAAUCGCAGUCGUCAGUUUCGCGUGCCGGUUGCCAGGGCAGAACAGCGAUCCCGAGGCGCUAUGGCGCUUCCUCGAGCGCGGACAGACUGCUUCAAACGAGGUUCCUGAGUCGCGUUUCUCAGCCCAGGCCCACUACGAUGGGACGAGACGACCGCGAACGAUGAAGGGCCGCGGCGGCAUGUUCCUUCACGAUGUGGACCCUGCCCGCUUCGAUGCGCCGUUCUUCAACAUCUCCGCCGUGGAGGCGCGCUCAAUGGAUCCGCAGCAGAGGCAGCUGCUCGAGGUUGUCUACGAGGCGCUUGAGAAUGGAGGGUUGACUCUAGAUGGAAUCAGUGGGGAGCAGAUUGGGUGCUUCGUUAGCAGUUUUACAACUGAUUUCCUCGCACUCCAAAAUCGAGACCCUGAUGACCGGCCGAUCAAUUUAACCACGGGCACGAAGCGCUCCAUCAUGAGUAACCGGAUCAGUCACUAUUUCAAUAUCAAGGGACCCAGUAUGACAGUCGAUACGGCCUGCUCAGGAGGCCUGACAAGCGUCGAUUUGGCCUGUCGCUACCUGGCUGCUAACGAUAUUUCUGCGGCCGUCGUAGCUGCGUCGCACUUGUUCCUAAACCCCGACGAAUUACUAGAAGAAGGACAAGUCGGCAGCGUCUACUCGCGAACCGGCCUAUGUCAGGUCUUCGACGCCAAAGCCGACGGCUACGUCAAAGCCGAGGCCGUCAACGCAGUAAUCCUCAAGAGGCUCGACCAGGCGGUGGCCGACGGCGACCCCAUCCGCGCAGUCAUCCGCGCCUCGGCGAGUAAUAGCAACGGUGCGACGGUGGGUAUCUCGACACCAAGCGCGGAGCAGCAGGCGGCGUGUAUUCGGGCUGCAUAUAAGCGUGCGGGGAUUAGUGAUUUCAACGCGACGGCGUAUGUGGAGUGUCAUGGGACGGGGACGCAGGCCGGUGACCCCAUUGAAGUCAAUGGAUUGUCUGCGGUGUUUGGGGGUACCAGAGACCCCCAGGCACCAUUGAUACUUGGAUCUGUCAAGGGCAAUCUAGGACACUCGGAGCCGGCGGCGGGAAUCAGCGGCUUGAUCAAAGCUGUUCUCUCAAUAGAGAAAGGGAAGAUCCCCGGUCAGAGUACCUUGAAAGAAUUGAACCCCAAAAUUGACCUGCUCGGCGGCGCAUUGCAAAUCCCAACAAAAACAAUCAGCUGGCCCGCCGUCCCCCUUCGCCGGGUGAGCGUAAACUCAUUCGGCUUCGGCGGAGCCAAUGCCCACGUUAUUGUCGAAGAGCCGAAAGGAUCUCUCGGGGAAGAAUGGUCCAAGCCGCACGCCUCAUCGCGGUCAAGCCAGGCGCUCGCAUCCCGCCAAAGCACGUCGAAGAAACUAUACACCAUGGUCUUCUCCGCGGCAUCCGAAGAAUCUCUGAAACGCUACUACACCGACAUCAAGCGACAUCUGGCUGAUCUGAACGUCAAGGUGAAGCCGUCCGACCUGGCGUAUACAUUAGGUCAGCGCCGUACCCACCACGCCUACAGAGGAUACGUCGUUACGAGCGCAGCAAACCUCAAUCGGGCCAAGGUGGAGUUCGGAGAGAAGGGGAUGGAGCCCCCCAAGGUCGCGUUUGUCUUUACGGGACAGGGCAGCCAGUGGCCGCAGAUGGGAGCUGGGCUUAUCAAGAACUUCCCAUGUGCUGCGAAGAGGCUCCGGUACCUUGAUACCGUCUUGCAGAGUACCUCGACGCCGCCUUCGUGGUCUCUAGUUGACGAGUUGAGCGAGCCCCGCCAGGCCGAUUAUUAUCAGAAGCCAGAGCUCUCGCAACCCCUCAUCACAGCGCUCCAGCUCGCCAUUCUCUCCAUCCUCGAAGAAUGGGGCGUCCUGCCGCGCGCAGUCGUCGGGCAUUCAUCCGGAGAGAUCGCAGCAGCCUAUGCCGCGGGCUACCUCAGCCAGGAACAAGCAAUCCUCGCAGCGUUCUAUCGCGGCCAGGCAGCGGCAGUGCUGGGGCCGACAAUAGUAGAGCCCCUCGGAAUGUGCGCAGUGGGCGCAGGCACAGAGCAGCUCAAACAGCUGCUGCCCGAUAUGCCACGGGAGGUCCAAGUCGCCUGCGUUAACAGUCCAAACAGCGUGACACUCUCUGGACCGAAGAGUCACCUCGUUGGCGUCCAAGCCCAAUUGGAAGCGCAAGGAACCUUUGCCCGGUUGCUGCGGGUCGAUCUGGCGUACCACUCGUCGUACGUCGCGGAUAUCGCCGCCUUGUACAAGAAGCAGCUCGAGGCUGAAUGGGCCAAGUACCCUGCUCCUGCUCGGGCAUCCGAUGCGGCACAGAUGUUCUCGUCUGUCACCGGGCAUCUCCUCGACCAGCCGUGCGAUUCAGAAUACUGGCGGGUGAACAUGGCCUCGCCUGUGCUGUUCUCUGACGCAGCGGCGGAGCUUGUCAAGGACUCCAGUGCGACGCUCCUCCUGGAAAUUGGCCCGAGUGGCGCACUCGCCGGUCCCGUCCGACAGAUCCUGGAAGGCAUCUCGGUCAAGGGUGUGCAAUACCUGGCGGCCCUCGACCGCGGCAAGGACGGCGGCGAAGCCAUGCAUGAGCUCGCGGGCAAACUGUACGUCGCCGACUAUCCCCUCUCCCUCGGGGCAGUCAAUUUCCCAUCGGCAGACGAGCCCACCUCCAGACCCUCCGUCCUCGUCGACCUCCCCAACUACUCCUGGGACCACUCGGCCGUCUACUGGCACGAAAGCGACGCGAGCAAGGACUGGCGCUUCGGCCAAUUCCCGUACCACGAGCUGCUCGGCCGUAAGAUUCUGGGUACGCCCUGGUCGGCGCCCUCGUGGAAGAGCAUCAUCCGGCUGGAUGAUAUGCCCUGGCUCAAGGACCAUCGCAUGGCUGGCGAUCCCGUGUUCCCUGCGGCGGGGUACCUGGCUAUGGCGAUUGAGGCCGUGUACCAGGCCAGACAGAGCGUGAACCCGAUUCCUGAUGUGGCGGGUGUCACAGAUCUGCAGUUUGUCCUGAGGGACGUCAACUUCCGACGGGCGCUCGCCUUGGAUUCUGGAAAGGACACUACCGUCGUGCUGGCGUUUACUGAGGUUUCGGAUGAUUACACCUCAUGGACUGGAUUCAGGGUGCUUUCUAUCCAAGAGGGGACUUCGGUUACUCACUGCGAUGGCCGCAUCUCUGUUCGCCAGGUCGCUGCUCGGGCAGCAGACAAAGAAACCCUCGCGCCCCUCGCAUACUCCGAAUCCGCCGAGCACUGGUACCGCGCCCUCGACCACCGAGGCUGCACGUACGGACCCGACUUCCAGCGUCUCCUCGAGAUCGAGUGCCGCGCAGGCCAACAGGAAACCCGGUCGACCCUGUCCCGAAACCCGCCAUCGACAGGGUUCCCGCAGCACCCGUACGCGAUGCACCCAUCUACCCUCGACAUCUGCUUCCAAUCCGUCUUCCCCGCGCUGUAUAGCGGCCUGCGCAGCGAGAUCAAGUCGUUGCUCCUCCCGUCUCAUCUCGAGGAGCUGACUGUUGGUCCGAGUGGGGGUUUGCCGGCUGAGGGUGAGACUGCUGUCUCUGUAGCCCGCGCCGGGCAUUCUGGUGCAGGAGCGAAGGAGAAACGAAGGAAUCAUUACACGGAUGCCUCUGUCUGGAGUACGUCGACGGGUCAGCUGCUUCUCGAGUUUAAGGGUCUGCGGUUCUCCGAGCUCAACAUGGGCGACGGGGUGGAUGCUGAUCCAGCACUCCUGGUCCCUGCAUGGCUGCCGGACUUUGAGUUCCUCUCCCAAGACCAGAUUCUCACUGUCCUGCGUCCGGAAUCUGCAGUGGCGGACGUGAUCAAUCUCGUCGCAUCCAAGAAGCCGACUCUCCGCGUCGGGGAAAUCAACCUGACUUCGGACAGCGUCUCCACGGCCUGGUUCGAGGGGGCAAGCGAGGGGCUGAGAGGAGCCUCUGAGCACUAUACCUAUGCGGAUCCCGAUUCCGCCCGUUUGAGCACUGUCCGCAGCAGCGUCGGCGACCGGCCGAACGCAGAGUUCAAGCUCCUAGGCAAGGACGCAAAUGCCAUCUUCGCUGAUCCGGGGGUUGAUCUCGUCAUUGUCCAGUAUCAGGAUCUCGUUGCUACUGCGCAGACGUCGGUGCUCGAGCGAAUCAAGCCGUCCGAGGCCAAGGGCGACGUCGUGUAUCUGUUCGUCCAGCGAUCUGCGACAACACCUUCCGGCGAAGACGCCGACGAGGCCCUCCUCCAGGAUGCUGGAUUCAACACACUGUUCAAGAUCCCUAUCGAUGGAUCUAGCUUUGCUUAUCUCAGUCGAUCCAUUGAGCUCGCUACACCGCCAUCAGAGCAGGAGGAACCCCAGGUUAUCUCGAUCAUUUCAGCCGACCCUCAAUCUGGGCUGCUGAACACUUUCACUGAAUCACUCACCGAGGCGGGAUACGCCGUCCAGCUGCAAACAACAUUCGGUGCACCUACAAACGACGUGAAAGCGGUCGUUGUCCUCGACGAUUUCUCGUCCCCAGUCCUCGGCGACGUGACCGAUGAGCAAUGGACCAGCAUCCGUGAUCUCGUCCUCAAGGCACCGUCCACGAUAUGGGUUACGCAGGGCGCUCAACACAAGGUCACGAACCCGAACAAUGCGCUCAUCCACGGCUUGUCGCGCAGUAUUCGAUCCGAGAAUCCGGCUGUCAGACUGGUUACCCUCGAUGUUGAGUCCAAGUCUCCCCGGGAUAAUUCUGUGACCAUCCUGAAGCUUCUGGAUUCUAUUGCCUCCAGAGAGGGCGGUUCCGGGGAAGAUUCUGAGUUUGUCGAGCGUGAUGGCAUUCUGCAUGUGAGCAGGACCCUGCGAAAGGCCGAUGCCGAAGAGUUGAAUGUCAAUGACGCUCCGGCCACCGCUCCGAACGCGCAGUCGCUCCUUGAUAACGCGAAACAUGUAAAGCUCGGAAUCACCAAUCUGGGCUCAUUCGACUCGCUCGAGCUCUACGAGGCCACAGGCGAGGAACCUCCGUUGGCUGCAGACCAAGUUGAGAUCGAGGUGUACGCGACUGGAUUGAACUACAAGGACGUGCAAAUCUCGACCGGUGCAAUUCCAGGCGACGACCAGGCACUUGGAUUCGACGGCGCCGGUAGUGUCACGAAGGUCGGGCAGAAUGUGCACACCUUCCGUGUUGGUGACAAGGUCGCCUUUACUGAUAGCGGUGCCUUCGCCAACCGGGUUCGCACUACGUAUAAGCGAGUACACCAUGUGCCUGACGGAAUGGCUCUCGAGGUCGCGGCUGCUCUGCCUCUUUCAUUCAUGACAGCUAUAUACGCGUUGGUGAAUAUUGCGGGCUUGCGUAAGGGUCAGUCCGUCUUGAUUCACUCCGGUGCGGGAGGAGUUGGCAUUGCCGCCAUACAGCUCGCCCAAUACCUACAGGCAGAGAUCUAUGUUACAGUGGGCAGCGACGAAAAGCGUUCCUUCCUCCAAGAGCACCUCAACAUCCCAGCCAGCCGCAUCUUCUCCUCGCGUACCACCGAGUUCGCAGACGCAAUCAUUGCCAGCACCAAAGGAAGAGGCGUCGAUGUCAUUCUCAACAGCCUAACCGGCGAAUUGCUAGAUGAGACAUGGCGUAUCUGCGCUGAUGGCGGCAUUCUCGUCGACAUUGGCCGAGGUCUGCGUGGUCGGCGUCUCGCCCCUGGCCCCUUUGAGCGCAACUGCUUGGUCAAGGCCUUUGACUUGACAAGCAAGCAGGUUUCGGAUGACAUUGUUCGAAGCCUCCUUACCCAAGCCUUUGGCCUUUUCGAGAAGCAACAUCUCCAGCUGAUCCAUCCUGUGAGGGCUUUCUCGUAUGCAGAAAUCCGCCAGGCAUUUGAGCAUCUCAGCACGGGACGCCAUGUUGGCAAGGUCGUUGUCUCCCAUGGCUCGGACAAUGGGGCCGUACCAAUCCGCCCCGCACCAUCACUCUCCGUCAUUCGCAAGGACAGGUCAUACCUGAUAACCGGCGGAUUGCACGGAAUUGGAGGCACGCUCGCCGAGUACCUCGCCCUCCGCGGCGCAAAAUGCAUCGUCGUCCUCUCCCGCAGCGGCAGUAGCACCCCGCGGGCGGCAUGGAUCGUUGAGACCUGCCGUCGCCUCGGCUGCGAGAUUCAAGUCGUCAAAGGCGACGUUACCUCCUAUGAGUCGAUCAAGGGUGCCCUGCAGCAGGCGAAGCUGCCCGUCUGCGGAAUCGUUCACGGCGCAAUGGUCCUGCUUGACAAGCCCUAUGAGCUUAUGGAUGCAGAUUCCUACCGACGGUGCAUUGCGCCCAAGGUGCGUGGAGCCUGGAACCUCCACCAGGCCGCCGAGGAAUUGGGUCUCGAACUGGACUUCUUCACUCUGCUCUCGAGUAUCUCUGGAGUGAUCGGGCAAAGCGGCCAGGCUAACUACGCGGCGGCGAACUCCUUCCUCGACUCGUUCGCUGCGUACCGCCGUGGCCUGGGACUGCCUGCGCUUUCCCUCGAUAUCGGUGCGGUGCAGGAUACCGGUGUCGCAAUGGAGAACCCGGGGCUGCUGCACUAUUUCACCGAUCCGCAGUGGCUCAACAUCGAGCAAGGGGAACUUUUCUACCUCAUGGACGCUUCCAUCAAGGAGCAGCAGAACGCGCGCAACGCCCCAUCCUCACAACUAAUCAUGGCCCUCAGCUUCCCGCUCCCCGCAACCUCCGACCUUCUCAAUGACAUCCGCUUCAGAACCCUCUCCCGCGCCGGAACGAGCAACCAACCAGCCCAAAAUUCCGCCAACCAAGAAUCACAAGCCGUCACCGAUUUCCUCUGCAUGCAAUCCUCCGGCGCGGACAGCACUGCCCUCACGGAAGCAGCCAUCGAGCUGUUCCAAAGCCAGCUGUUGCGGAUGCUGCGGCUGGACGAACCGAUCAAGGCGAAUAAACCGCUUUCGGCGUACGGGAUGGAUUCGCUGAGUGCGGUGAAACUGAGGAACUGGGUUGAGAAGUCGUUUUCAGUUACGUUUGCUGUCUUUGAGAUUUUGGGGGCCAAUGGGUUGCAGGCGCUUUGUUCGAAGCUUAUUACCAGGUUGCAGACGGUUUGAUGGGUUGGACUGUAAAUUUGACAUUCGUUGGUUAUAGAAGAUUUCUCUACUGUUUUGCUGUUAUGUCGUUCUUAUACUGUUAUGCGUCAAUGCGUUCUAGGUCAAUCGAAUAUAUAUAUCCACCUGCAU